AAUUAAUAAAAGAAAAAACAACAUCGAAAACAAUAUAAAUUCAUAACUUGCUCUGUCCUCUUCUCUUCGAUACUUCUCUCAGACUAAAUAUAUCUUUAUAACACUAAAUUUACUUCCACCAUUACUUUUUCUUCCUUUCAAAAACUUCAAAGUCUUGACCGUUUGUUUCUGGGUAGAGAGGAGAUUAAGAUUCAAUUUCACAGCAAAGAGAGAUAGAUUCUUGAGAGGGGUUUAGGGUUUAAGGUGGGUGGUUUUGUGAUGCGUACAGGGGCUUAUACCGUGCACCAGACACUAACACCAGAGGCUGCUUCAGUUUUGAAGCAAUCUCUAACCUUAGCAAGAAGGAGAGGCCAUUCUCAAGUCACUCCUCUUCACGUUGCUUCGACGCUUUUGACUUCUUCAAGAUCCAAUCUUUUCCGAAGGGCAUGUCUCAAAUCCAAUCCUUUCACUGCCAUCGGUCGCCAAAUGGCUCACCCUUCUCUCCAUUGUCGAGCUCUCGAGCUCUGUUUCAAUGUUGCUCUCAACAGGCUUCCGACAAACCCAAAUCCUCUGUUUCAGACUCAGCCUUCACUCUCCAACGCUCUCGUCGCGGCUCUGAAGAGAGCGCAGGCGCAUCAGAGGAGAGGGUGUGUGGAGCAGCAGCAAAGCCAGCAGAACCAGCCGUUCUUGGCGGUUAAAGUCGAGCUCGAGCAGCUUGUUGUGUCGAUUCUUGAUGAUCCUAGUGUGAGUAGAGUGAUGAGAGAAGCUGGACUCUCUAGUGUUUCCGUCAAGAAUAACAUAGAAGAUGAUUCCUCUGUUGUUUCCCCUGUUUUCUACGGCUCUUCUUCUUCUGUUGGUGUCUUCUCUUCUCCUUGCUCUCCUUCUUCUAGUGAAAACAAUCAAGGAGGAGGGACUUUAAGCCCUAACCCUAGUAAGAUGUGGCAUGCCCAUUUGACCAAUCAUCAUUCUUUUGAGCAAAACCCUUUCUUUCAUUUCCCUAAAGGAAAGACCUUUACUCCAGAUCAAGCCUUUCCCGUGAGAGAAGACGCAAACCCGGUUAUCGAAGUGCUUCUAGGGAAGAAGAACAACAAGAAGAGGAACACUGUCAUAGUUGGAGACUCUGUUUCUCAGACAGAAGGAGUGGUUGCAAAACUCAUGGGUAGAAUUGAGAGAGGAGAAGUUCCAGAUGAUUUAAAACAAACCCAUUUCAUCAAGUUUCAGUUUUCACAAGUUGGGUUGAAUUUCAUGAAGAAGGAGGAUAUGGAGGGACAAGUUAGGGAAUUAAAGAGAAAGAUUGAUUCUUUCACAUCUUGGGGUGGCAAAGGUGUGAUCGUUUGUCUUGGAGAUCUUGAUUGGGCAGUUUGGGGCGGCGGUAACAGCGCAUCUUCUUCGAUUUACAGUGCGGCGGAUCAUCUAGUGGAAGAGAUAGGGAGAUUGGUUUAUGAUUAUAGCAAAUUAGGGGCCAAAGUUUGGCUCUUAGGGACAGCUUCUUACCAAACAUACAUGAGAUGUCAAAUGAAGCAACCUCCACUUGAUGUUCAAUGGGCUCUUCAAGCUGUUUCAAUUCCUUCAGGAGGACUUUCGCUAACCCUUCAUGCUUCCAGUGGUCACAGUUCUGAGAUGGCUUCUCAAGUCAUGGAGAUGAAGUCAUUUAGAGUAAAGGGAGAAGAAGAAGGAGCGGCAGGAGAAGAAGAGGAAGAAGAUAAACUCAAUUUCUGUGGAGAAUGUGCUUUUAACUAUGAAAAAGAAACAAAAGCUUUUAUAUCAACUCAACAUAAAAUCUUACCGCCUUGGCUGCAACCUCAUGGAGAUAACAACAACAUUAACCAAAAGUUUCAGGAUGAACUAAGUGGACUGAGGAAGAAAUGGAACCGGUUUUGUCAAGCUCUUCACCACAAGAAACCUGGUAUGACUGCUCAAGGCUACGGUUGGAGGGCAGAACAGAGCAGCUCUGUUUUACCGGGAUCUUUUGUGGACUCGAGUCUGAAGCAAAACUCACGUGCAUCUAGUUCAGUUGCGAAAUUCAGACGGCAGAACUCGUGUACUAUCGAGUUUAGUUUUGGGAGUAAUCAUCAAGAAGGUCUAAAGAAAACCGAUGAAUUGAGUUUGGAUGGAUUCAAGAGUAACAUUGAUGAACGUGUAGAAACCAAGAUCACUCUUGCACUUGGCCAUUCUCCAUUUCCAUCUGAUUCAGAAAACUCGGAUGAAGAAAAGCCAGAGAGAGCGAUAAAAAUGAGUGAAUUAUUGGAAAAGCUUCACGAGAACAUUCCAUGGCAAAAGGAAGUUCUUCCUUCAAUCGUUGUUGCCAUGGAAGAAUCAUUCAAGAUGAGUAAGAAGAGAGAUGCUUGGAUCCUUGUUUCGGGAAACGAUGUGACUGCAAAAAGAAGAUUGGCUCUCACAACGACAACUUCUCUUUUCGGAUCACUCAAACAAAUGUUGAAGAUUAAUCUGAGAACAUCCAAGGCAAGUGAAGCGUGCGAGGAGCUUGAGAACGCGUUGAAGGAGGGGGAAAAGGUUGUUAUUUUGAUAGAGCGAGUUGAUUUAGCCGAUACUCAGUUCAUGAAACUCCUCGUAGAUCAAUUUGAGGACGGAAAGUCUGGAGAUUUGGAUGGUUUUCAAGGAAAGAAGAGCCAAAUCAUCUUCCUUUUGACAAGAGAAGAUGAUGAAUGUGUAGAGAAUGAACAUUUUGUCAUACCCAUAGUGUUGAAGUGUUACAAAUCGGGUUCUGGUUUGGUCAAUCACAAGAGGAAACCAGAUUUUGAUGCUGCACCAACGAUGAUUAAGAAGAAGAAUCCAAGAAUCGAAGACGAGGAUGACGAAAGCAAUGUCGCCUGCGACAUAAGCAACAUCAAGAAAGAGUUCUCAAGACAGCUGAAAUUCGAAUCUAAUGCUCUUGACCUCAACUUAAGAGUUGAUGAUGACGACGAACAAGAGGCUAAAACAGCCACUCAAAUCACAAGCGGGUUUGAAGAACGUUUUCUAGACUCAAUCCAAAACCGGUUUGAUUUCACAGUUUUGUCAAACGAAGAUAUAACUAAAUUCUUCGUGGCGAAGAUCAAAGAUUCAUGCGAGGAGAUCCUGGGGCAACGAGAAGAGAGAUUCGGGUUUACCGUCGAUGCGGAACUGAUAGAGAAGUUUUACGAAGGUUGUGGUUUUUUUGCUAACGGUUUGUUUGAAGAGUGGGUUAAAGAGGUUUUUGAAAGGGGUUUAGUAACGGUCAAAAACGGCGGGAAAGAGGGCAUAAGUGUAAUUGACCUAUGUUUGGGGGGUAUAGAUAUGAUUGACCAAGGGGAGGUAUACGAGGAAGAAGGAUUCAUGGGUUCUUGUCUACCCAACAGAAUCCAAGUUUCCUUUGUUGAUUAGCUUUGGUUUAAUUUCUGUUUUUAGAAUUAUAUAAAUAUUACUUAUUUUGUUAUUGUUUUU